GGAACAGACGUACAACACAAAGCCUGCAUGUGACGUUGUCUCUACUGUUGUGGUGACGUUGCUAGUAUAGGUUUGCAGUGUUGUGUUCUACGUACUGUUGUUGUCAAAGACAAGAUGUGGGGAAACGUGGCCGCUCUUUUCGGCACCAGUAAGCCGGACGAACCGUCGUUAGACGAUGGAGACAAAGACGCACAGGAACCGAAGUGGAAGAAGGCCAACAGAGAUGGAGGCAGACGGACUCCUAUGGGUACGUACGUGCCACCGGACGGCCAGCUACCCUACACACAACUGGACUGCCAGCCCGGUCCCGCUGACUAUAGUCCAAAGGUUGACCUGACCAAACCACAGGCGCCACAGUACUCCGUCUCCGGAAAACAGAGACACCAUGAAGAAGCAGACAGCCCAUGUCCGGCCGACUACGACACGAAACAGGACCUGGUGUGGAAACGCCGGACCAUCACACUGAAGGAGAAGGGACGGACGUACCCGUACGACGUCAAACCCGACAAACAUGUCACCUGUAGUCUAGGCCCGGCUACUUACGUGGUGCGCUGUCGGGAGACCGGCACUAAGGGCCCGAAGUUCGGUAUCCAGUCCCGCCGGCCUCACGGUGUCAACCCCGGGUACCCCGACCUGCGUGUUCAGCCUGUAGACACUCACGGAUUCAAGACCCCGGGUCUGAGUUACCGUCCCAACUCCCGGUACUGGGGCCGCGGACCCAAACCUUCCAUGGGCCAGGCUAUCGCACAGAGGUUCCCCGACGGACCAGGUCCGGCAGAGUACACCGUGAGAGACGCCCGGUGCAUGCCGUGUUACUCUCUCGCCCAGCGGCUGCCUGACCUGACUCCUGUACCGGGGAAGGAGGCGCCUCCUCCCAACAGUUACAACCUGGGCACCACGGUGGGCACGGGGGUGUCUACGUCACUACGCAGCAGGCAUGACAUCAAGAAGAAGUAUUACACACCGAGUCCCAACACCUAUGCCCCUCGGGAGCAGUGGCACCUGGCCCCGACGGCACAGCUCACGUACCGCUGGUUCGAGCCCAAAGCCGAGACCCGUCCCAGCCCUACAGACCACACCAUCACAGACGCUAACUGUAAGAAAGGCCCGUCCUACUCCAUGGCCAAGAGGAUGGCUCCAUGCUGGCCAGACGUCCUAAACUAUCCCAGUAAGGUGAAAGACGACAUCCCCGGCCCGGGGAACUAUAACCUACCCAGCUUCCUGACCAAUGACGGCACGGCACACUCCAUCGGCAGACGGCCUGCCUCGUCUAAAGACGACAGACCAGGUCCGACCCACUACAACCUGCCAGAGCGCCCGCCUCACGCCAAGAGCGCGCCCGGGUACUCCAUGGGCCAGAGGGUCUACCCUCCCGACAAGAAAGUCGGCCCCGGACCGGCGGCGUAUUCUCCACAACUCCCCACGGGAGGAGCUCCGAAAUACAGCAUGGGAGGGAGAAGGAAAGCCGCUAAAAAGGAACUGACGCCCGGACCAGACACCUACACGGUGAAGAAGGGCCAGGCGGCGAGAGGGACGACUCUGGGCCCCAAAGUCACGCUGAAGGGCCGGCCCAGCCCGUGGAUAUACUCCGGCUUCUCUAACAUGGCACGGGUGCAGCCAGACUGUUAGACUAUAUACGACAAUUUCCCAUGAAUCUGUCCGUUUUAAUCAUGACUACUGUUUGACAUAUUUCGGGACGAAAUAUAAA